CACUUUGACUCAAGAUGUCCUCCGCUGCCACCCGCGACAUCAUCACGACCAACUCAGCGACGUUGGGCCUCCAAGCCGGCGCCGCUGCGACAGUAGUUGCUGCAGCGGGAGCGACCCUCGCCCACUACAACUGGCCCUUCUUCCGCAACCGCUUGGGCGUGAGUGGCAAGGUCGGCUUGGUGGCUUCGGCUGGAAUGGCAACUUUUAUCAUCGUCGCCGAACGCGACUUGCUCCGUGGUAGCCGUAACCCCGAAGAAUACCUCAGCGACUUGCAAGCAAAGAGUAACACGGACGCCGCCGCUGCUGCCGCCACGCAACGGCCCCACUCGUUGCCAUUGCACCUUCGCUUUGCAAACCACGUGCUGGACUACCCGUUUCGCACGCUCGCCAUGACAGCGAUCCCUCUCGUGGGCGGCAUCUACUUGCACCAGAGCCAGAACAACAACAUUCAGUUGUCGCAGAAGAUCAUGCACACGCGCAUUUACGGCCAGGGGACGUGCGUCGUGCUGCUGUUGAGUACGAUGGCGCUAUACGACUACAUGUCUCGACGAGGUCGCUUCGAAUAAGCACCGUCUACACAACGCCAUAGUCCAUGCCUUGUGGGCAGUCCUAAUUACUCGUGUCCCGCUGUCCAUCGUCAAAUUGUCAUGAGCUACCUCCUUCAGUUGCAAUGCGGCCCAACCCUUCACACCCCAUUGUUCCCGCGUUCAGCGACCGUGUUCGGAUGGUACUCGCCACAGCCCUUCUAUUUGUUAUUACGAGCUA